CGACCCCUUCAUUCUUUCUUUCUUCCUUCCCUCCACUCCCAUCUCCAUCUUCCUGAUUUCCUCCUCAAUUUUCUUCCAUCUUCUUCCCCGACCCCACUAAAACAAUUCUCAUCUCUUCCCUCCUUACCAUAUAUCUUCUGCAGAUCGAAAUCAUCUCACCACCUCUUCCUUCCUUCAUUCUGUUUUCGAUUAUUAAAUUAUAUAAUCAAUUAACAAUGGCGUCUUCCCCGGCCAUGUUUUUCUCCUGUACCACUGCGCUUCUUUUCAUGGCCCUUUCUUCCUCAAAUUACUUGAUCUUUGCCAAUGCCAAGAGUCCCUUCCGCUGCAACUCCGGCGCCGCCGCCUGCACUGCUCUCGUCGGCUAUGUACCCCCAAACGCCACCACUCUCUCCGCCGUCCAGACACUCUUCUCCAUCGACAACCUCAGCACCAUCCUCGGCGCAAACAACCUCCCCAUCUCCAGUCCAUCAAACUCCCCUGUCCCCGCCAAUCGGUCCAUCAACAUCCCCUUCCCCUGCACCUGCUCCAACGGCACCGGACUUCCCAGUCAACCGCCGAUCUACACCGUCGUCUCCGGCGACGGGCUCUACCACAUAGCGGCUGAGGUCUUCUCCGGCCUGGUCACUUUCCAACAAAUUCAGGCAUAUAAUAGAUUACCAGAUGCCGACAAUAUUACCGUGGGGCAGCGUCUGCAAAUACCGCUGCCGUGCAGCUGCGAUGAGGUGGACGGGAACCAGGUACUGCACUACGGACACGUGGUGCAGAGCGGGAGCUCCCUGGAAGGGAUUGCUCAGCAGUAUAAUACCUCACAGGCCACGCUGCAGAAGCUUAAUGAUUUGACCGAUCCUCGAGAACUGGUCGCCGGCGAUGUUCUUGACGUUCCUCUCAGAGCUUGUUCUUCAGCUGUAAAGAAUACCUCUCAGGACUAUCCUCUACUUGUUUCCAAUGGAACAUACCUUACCACUGCCAGUGAUUGCGUAGUCUGCGAGUGUGAUGCCUCAAUAAGCUGGAAGUUACAGUGCAAACCAUCCCAGAAUUCUUCAUCCCAUUGUAUCCAACCCAGAUGCUCAAACUUGAUUCUUGGAAACACCACAACCUCAGGUUGUAAUCGAACAACAUGUGCCUAUGCUGGUUUCACUAACCAAACAAUACAGACCACACUAGAUUCGGAAUCAAUCUGCCCCGGUUCUGGGAAUAAUGGAUCGUCAUCUGCAGGAAGCGAUCGAGGAGGAGGCUGCUGGAGAGGGUGGACAGAAGCACUUCUACUUAUCCAUUUGUUGUUGCUUUGUACUUGUCUUGUCUAACAAUGAAAUGAUCUUACACGCUUGUAAUCAAUCACUCUUCAGUUGGCCAACAGACUAUGAAAAUGAAAGUAAAUCAAUUAUAUAUCAA